GAAUUUGAGAUCGAUGGAUUCUUGGGUCGACCGCUUAAUAGGCAGCAAAGUAAUGAUAUUGGCACCGUACUUGGUUUCAUCUCACAUGACUAUUACUGGCCAAUUGAUAAGUCGAAAGAGAAGGGUACUAUGCUGGAAGAGGUCAUACUGAAGUUAGAGCUGAAACUUGAUAUGGGAGACAUAAGAGAAAGGCCUGUGGAGAUGGACAAACUUUGGGACUGGUUUCAGAAAAUUGUGAAGGAUAGAAGGAGCAAAACAAAAGCUACUCAUUAUUCUAUCAACAAGCAAAUGGCAAGGCAAAACAAGCCUAGUUAUCUAGAUGAAGAGACGUGGAAAAACUUGUGUGACCAUUGGGACACUGAAAAAGUGCAGGAAAUUGCUCAGAUGAAUGCAGCAAAUCGGGGUCAAGUGAUGAAUCUAAACACUGAGGGAAGAGCAGCCUAUGUUUGCGUGUAUCAAGAGAAGAAAGCACAGCAAGAGAGUGGUGAGCUGUCAAAGAUGGAAUUCUUCAAGUGGCUGGAUACCAAGGAUACUGGAGUUUGGAGGAACCCACACAAAAAAGAACAAUAUGAAAAGAUGCAGGAGCUUUUCAUAUAGUUUUGGGUUACAACUCGGGAUAUUGUCAUGGACUUGGGUAUGGACAGGCAGCCCCAUCUAGGAGGAGAGAUAAUGUGGAUGCCAACUAUGAACAACUAUUCAGGGAUAAAAGCCAGCUACAAGACCGGUGUGCGAAUCUUGAGGAGCACGUGACUCAACUUAAUGAAAAACAAGCUGAGUCUAAUCAACAACUUGCAGCGACUACUGACAAAUUGACAAGGGUAGAAGAAGAACUUGCAGAAUUUAGGAGGAUUAUGGCGAACCUUCAAGCUAGAGGCAACAUUUAGCUAAACAGAUUACCUUUGUGAUGAUUAGUAUUUUGGAUGCACAGUAGCUAAAGAAGCCAUGCUUAGCUAACUUAGAAUUUUGGUUAUCAACUAGUGUUGAUCUUUUUGCCAUGGACAAUGAUUCGACAGCAUGUACAUGUCGUGAAGUCUGUUCCUAUGAUGUGCAUAACUCUAGAUAUAGGGGGCUACUAAUAUUAAGAUUCCAAAUGUUAUGGAUAAUUAUAUAUGAGAGAUUGAGAUCCUAGUAGUACUAGUAGUAUAUAUGGCUUGUAUAAACGACAACGGAGCUACCAAUUUGAACUAUGUUAUGAGCUAUAAAGGACUUGUGUUUAUCUAAACAGGUUGUUAUCAAUACAAAAGAUCAACAAAAGAAAUAACAGCAAUGCAG